AUGGCGUCCGACCCAGAGGUUUCUGUAGCGCCUACAGGCGAUGCGAAGAAGUCAGCCCUGCCCGCAGAUGACCAGCGACCCCCUUCAAUUGAAUAUGUUGAAAACCCCGACCUCGAGCCGACGCCCAAAGUCGCCAUUUCCACAAUGUUGGCUGUUUUCUUCAUGGGCCUGACCUACGUCCCCGCCAUCGCGACCGGAUUCAUCAUGCCUACUCAGAUUCUUCAGCAGAUCGGUAUGGCUUUGGGAGACACUGAGAACAUCGCUUGGAUUCCGGGUAGUUGGUCCAUUGGCUCUGCCGUUGCCUUCUCUAUUGCUGGUGGUUUGAGUGACGUGUUUGGUCGCCGAUAUGUACUAUUGAGCGGUCAGGCUAUCGUCCUGGUUGGUGGUAUUAUUUGUGCUGUUUCCCAGACCACUCUACACAUCGUUGCUGGAACUACUUUGGUAGGCUUUGGCGCUGGCACCAUUAUGGUCGCAUAUCCUGGAAUCAGCGAGCUUCUGCCCAACAAAUAUAGAGGUAUUGGCUUGGCGUGGACCGAGUUCUGCAUCACUAUUCCUUGGGGUUCGUUGGCCGGCCUUAUCGCUACCCAUCUGUAUCUCAAGGCGAGCUGGAGAUGGUGCUAUUAUAUCACCAUAAUCUACGCUGCUAUCUGUCUGAGGACCCGCUGGCAGCAAGUCAAGGAGCUCGACUACAUCGGACUUCUCCUCUUUGCUACUGGCCUUACCGUAUUCCUGAUCGGCGUCACCUUCCUCGGUGCUACCCAUAGGUCUAUGACACUCGUUGCAACAACUAUCUCGAUUGGUGCCUGUAUCUUCAUCGCAGCCUUCGUCUACGACUUCACCGUUCCGAAGAAGCCACUUUUCCCCAUCAAGAUCUUUCGCAUGUACCGAGAAUUCACUGUGUAUCUUGUGGUACUCUUCGUGUCUGGCAUGAUCUGGCAGGGAGUUGUCACGCUCGGCAACCAGGGCACUCUGUUCAUGUUCACUAACGAUAUUAUCGAAAUCGGUGUCAUCUCGGUUCCCGCGAGUAUGUCCGGCAUUAUUGGAGGUUGGAUCAUGCCUAGUCUUGUUCACAAGCUCAAGCACAUCCGGUAUCAGUUUGUUUUCGCCCUUCUGAUGCAGACUGCCUUCACCGCAUCGUACGCCGCCGUGAUUCCCAACAACAAGACUGGUUGGACUCUCCUACCCAUGUUCGGCCAGUCCUGCUUCACCUGGGUUACAGUGUUGUCCUAUGUCUCUUCCGGUCUCUUGGUUCCUCAAGAGGAGCUCGGAGUCUCGGCCGGUCUGAUGGGUACAUUCCGUAGCGCUGGCGGAUCGCUUGGUAACGCUAUGUUCAGCACGAUUUUGACCUCCAUCGUCAACCGCGACCUGGGCAAUAACAUCGCUGGGGCUGCCAUCGGUGCGGGUUACUCACCCAAAGACUUGCCUACCUUGAUCCCAGCUGUCAUCCAGAAUGCUGUUGGCGUCCCUUUUGCCAUGGCCAAGGUCCCCAACGUAACAGAGCCAGUUCUCCAAGCCACAGCUGCGGCAUUCAAAAACACAUACGCCAAGGCAUUCAGAACCGUGUUUUACUCGACAAUUCCACUGGGAGUAUUGGCCAUCAUCGCGGCCUGCUUCAUCCGUGAUCCAAGUCACUUGCUUAACAACCAUGUGGCUGUCCAACAAGAGAAGGAAGUCGUUGGAAAGAAGAAGGAUAUCGAAAUGGAGCCCAAGAUCAUUGACUAA